CAUCUACUGGGCCAAUACCGUGGAAGGCGAGGAAGCAGUAGGCAGAGUCAUUACUCCGGAAUGCCGAAUUCGUUUCUCCCUUGAGCUGUUUGUUGUUCGAUCGCUGCCACUUCAAUUUCGACCGUUCGCCGCUGUCGUUCGGCUCCGCAAGCCUUUUUGCGAGCGUUCCCACUCUCGGCGCUGAAAUCUUCUUGCUCACGUGACACCAUCUGAGAAUAUAUAGCUUCUUUGAGUGCUUUGGUUGCCAUCCAUGGCCUGGACGGAUGACAGCUUGGGGCGACGCAGGAAUCCUAACUACAGCUAUAACUCUGAUCAGGUGCAGCUGAGAGUUGACCCUCGUGACCAAUUGGAUGAGGAAAUUUACGGCCUCCGUAACAAAGUAGCCCAACUUAAACAGGUAGCGCAGCAUAUUGACACAGAGACCAAGUAUCAAAAUGAACUUCUCAAUCAACUGGAAGAGACGGUGGCCAAGGGUCAAGCAAUACUGAAGAUCACUAUGAAAAGGCUCAAUCGGACUCUGAAUCAGCGCGGCAUCAGCCCUCUCUAUCUAGCCAUUGUAUUUGCUUUACUGUGCUUCUUUUCAGUCUAUUUGUACAUAAAAUUUCACCGUAGAACAUGAUAUUAUUGAAAGUCCUCUAUUUUACUUGUACAGCUGUGUUAUUGAAUCGUACGCUUCUUAUUUUCUACUGGAAAUUGUAACAUAUGAACAACCAAGCGUUCACCAGCAAUAUGCAAGUUCAAAUUUUCGGAACUUGUUGCUCACGGAAUAAUGAUUAUGUGGUUCACACACGUUCCACAA